AUCUAGAAUUAGAAUAUUCAAAAAAUGAAGCGUAUUUGGUUGCACGUCCCCAAUAAACUACACAGCUGCCAAUCUGUCAAAGACGACUCCUUCCCAUAUUAAAACACCACCUUCCCCACCCUUCCCCAUCUUUCCUCAUCUUACCCCCUUCUUCACCUCCAAAUCAUCCCCAAUCCAUCCCUCCACUAGAUCCUCGCCGUCCAUCAUCGUCCGUGCCUUCAAUCCCCGCCGUCCUUUAAUGAUGGACCGCAGAUUCCACACCAACCCUUUUCUCCACGAUCAGCAGGACGAUCCCGGAACCUCCCCGGAAAACGCCCCCGACUCUCCCCUCUCCGGCGACGACACCAAGGUGUCUGCUACCGCGCCCUCCCCUCAAAAAAGUAAGAGGAGUGUGCAGAAGAAGAGGGUGGUGUCGGUACCAAUUGGUGACGUGGACGGAUCUCGGAGCAAGGGGGAGGGAUACCCGCCGUCCGAUUCGUGGGCCUGGAGGAAGUACGGCCAGAAGCCCAUUAAAGGGUCCCCUUAUCCCAGGGGAUACUAUCGAUGCAGCAGUUCCAAGGGUUGCCCCGCCCGGAAGCAGGUCGAGAGGAGCCGCCUGGACCCCACCAUGCUCCUCAUCACCUACUCCUUCGAUCACAACCACCCCUCGCCGCCCCACAAACACCACCCCCACCACCACCACCACCACCACCCUGCUGUCGCAGUCGCUGCCGCCGCCGCCCCCACCUCGGCCGCGGCUUCCCCUCUCGUCCUGCCCGACGAAGAUCGCGCCGUCUUCGCGACCCAACCGGAUCUCGAUCCCGACGACAAGUUCACUGACCUCGGCGACGACUCGCUGCUCGCGGCCGGCGAGUUCGGGUGGUUCUCCGACGUCGCCUCCACCGUCCUCGAGAGCCCCGCUCUCCCCGGAGGCUGCCACGUGGACGAGGUGGCCGUCGUGUACCCGAUGGGCGAGGAGGACGAGUCCCUGUUCGCCGACCUCGGCGAGCUGCCGGAGUGCUCGGUUGUUUUCCGGCGAAGCUUUCUGGAGCAGAGCGAGUCGGGUCGGCGGUGUAGCAUUGCGGCUCCCUGGUGCGGCGGUACAGGAUAAGACCGCUGCUCCCCCUUCGCUUUGUCUUAAUUUUCAACGGUGGAGAUGGUCUUAAUCCACGUGAUGCGUUGUCCAUGGGCCACAUGACACGAAAACGUUUUAAAUAUGAUUCAUUUACCAUUUUUUCUUUGUUUUAAUUUAAUUUUUGAUCAAUAAAAGGGCAUUAAUUAUUUAGCAUGGAA